AUGUCUUUUGAUAUGCACACUGACUCCACAAGUCAAGCUUUCCAGCCGCUAAAAGCGAUGAGUUUGUUCCUAUGCCAUUUUCUUCGUUCACUUUUGAAGCGUCAGUUCCAGCAGUUGGACUCUCUUUCGAAAUUCCUGUCUGGAAAGAAAUCAGGCUCGUUGAGACCUCAAUUCAAUUUCAUUGCACGAUCGAAUCGAAUUGCUCGAUUCCCGGAAAAUGCACAAGCAAAAGACGAAGAGAACGAGAAUGGAGGCUCGAUGACCAUCAUACUUGAUUCUGGCACAUCUUUGAACUCGUCUUCAACCAAACGUGGAACUUUGUACUCGGUUGACACGUGCUCGUCCAUGAGUUUGGUGGCCUCCACAUCUUCAGAGUAUCCCGGAAACUCAAACAAGAAUAAGUAUUCCUUGCGCCUUUCAUUGGCGAUUCUACCUUCAUUGCCCUUACCCCUAGAAUUGCUCGAUAGUGCCACGCCUCCACCUUGGGGCGUGUUGUCCAUGUACAGCCCCCCGCUUCAUGCCUCCGUGCGCGUCUCCUUGUGGUUCGCCCACCGUACAGCGGCCAAGUUGAGAAAUCACUGGUUCAGAAAUUACUACGGUGAUAAGAGAAACUGA